AUGAGGGCCUCACGCAAUAUCUACAAGGAUGAGGUGGACUUUACAGCCCUUGCCUUGCAGUCGCCCGACUUUGCGAAGCACUUGAAAUCCAACGGGCAGCUGGACUUUAGCGACCCGGACGCUGUUCGACAAUUGACCAAGAGUCUGCUGCAACGAGACUUUGAUCUGAAAGUCGAGAUUCCGGAGAAUAGACUCUGCCCGCCGGUCCCGAACAGGCUCAAUUAUAUUCUGUGGCUGCAAGACUUGGUCGACACCACCGGCGACGAGUACCGUGAUAACUAUGACCCUGACCGAGAAGUCGUUGGACUCGACAUUGGGACAGGAUGCUGCAGCAUUUACCCCCUUCUGGGAUGUUCCAUGCGGCCCCAUUGGCGCUUCAUCGCAACAGACAUCGAUAACGAUAAUAUCAAAACAUCGAGAGAGACAGUGUCUGCAAACAAGCUCGAUUCUCGGAUCGAGAUCAUCCAAACAGACGCGAAAGAUGAUCUGAUUUCGCUAGACACAAAGCUCAAGGUCGACAGACUCGAUUUCACCAUGUGCAAUCCCCCAUUCUACGCCACUCGCAACGAACUGAUCACCUCCGCGGAGGCCAAAGAACGACCUCCAUUCUCAGCCUGCACUGGUGCAGAAGUCGAAAUGGUCACCACCGGCGGUGAGAUCGCCUUCAUCACGCGCAUGAUCGAGGAGAGCCUGCAGCUCCGCGAACGCGUGAUCUGGUACACCACCAUGCUCGGCAAACUAAGCAGCGUAUCUGUGCUCAUCGAGACGCUCCUCGAACACAAGAACAACAACUACGCAGUCACCGAGUUCAUCCAAGGAAGUAAAACUCGAAGAUGGGCCAUAGCCUGGUCUUGGACCGAUCUCCGUCCGACAGUCACCGUAGCACGCGGCACAUCUGCAAUUCCGAAACACCUUCUCCCCUUCCCCUCCGAAUACAUCUUCAUCGUACAAAGCGACUUCCUCGACGAAGUGAGCGCCAAAAUUGACACAGAGCUCAGCUCCCUGCACAUUCAAUGGCUCUGGCGCAAGAACCUAACUACAGGAGUAGGCUUCGCAAUGCAGAACGUCUGGUCCCGUCAAGCACGCAGGAAGAUGCAGAACCCGGACGCAAUGGCUGAUAAGGCCACGAUAGAUGAGGCGAAGGCCGCGCUGGGAUUCAAGGUGCAGAUGAAGAAGGAUCCGAUUGACGAGAACGGAGUGAGAGUGAUUAUACGCUGGCUGAAGGGGAGAGAUUCGGUCUUAUUUGAGAGUUUCUGUGGGAUGCUGAAGAGGAAAGUUGAGGGGAAGUGAAGUAGUCUAUCUUACUUGCAAGAUAGCCUGUAUCCCUUAAUAAUACGUCGACUGUAUACCAGAAAAAGUUCAAUAAAUAAUCACAUAAAAUCUAUAUGC